AUGACUCUGCAUACAAGAGCACCAACAUCCUCGCCCAUCGAGGACGAACCGCCACACUUACUAUCCACUUACCCACCUAUAUUUGUCCUCCCAACCCGCCUUUCACUGGAAGAACUGCACACUUUGGAAGGCGAUCUAGGCGAUCUUGAUGCUACAUUGACAUACGAUAUCACCGAAGCCAGAAUCGUGCUGGGCACGAUUGCACAGCGCAAGCGUGCAGCGUUGGAGCUGAGAUCGAGGGGUCUCUGGACUGAGGAGGUUCCUGUUCUUGCUUCUCCUGCUUUUGCAUCUGGUUCUGUGGUACAUGAUCAGCCAAAAUCAACAGUAAAACCACAGCGGAAAAGACAGAGGGAAGAAAGGGACUCUCCGUCGCCGAAGAGGAGACGGUUGGCUCAUUCGUCGAGGAGUCGGAGAGAGAGCCAGGAACAGGAUGAUAUCCCCGAUUUGACUUCCACAGAACCAGAGAGCGCAGGUACUCGUAGUAGGAGUCAGUCGCCGAUAGAUAAUAGGCAGCAGCAUCCGAGAAAACGGUCCCAUUCAUCCGAUAGUACAAAGACAACAGCCUCAGAUGACUAUCAAAGUGAGGAAAAGGGUGCUAGAGAUAACCCAAUCGUGGGACAUGACCAUGUCAAAGUCGUCAGGCUUGAAUGGGCCACUCAGUCAAUUAAAGCGAGAAGAGUGCUUGAUAUCGACCAGUUUGUCAUCUACCAUGGAAAAGUCAUUGCACCACCGGCCCAACCAACAUCAGCUUCAGCAGCAACUACGACGAUGUCAAAAUCAGUCAAGAUGCAAAGCGAUGACAGCCAAGGUAUCAUCGCCCGUGCAAUAAGGGACGCCGCAUCAAAGCCUGUUCCUUCAACUCGAUCUCCAUAUACUUUUGGAGCAUCAUCGUCGUCGUCAUCCAUGAAGCGAGUGAAUGCCUCGCAGCACCAACAUCCUCCUCCGACGUUAUACCGACAGACAACAUCAGAGCAUGACCAGACCCAUCUCAUCCCCCCAGCACCAGACUGGGUCAAAAACCACGUAAUGUACGCAUGCAUGCGCUCAGCACCUCUACAUCCUCCCAACGAAGCAUUCAUCAACCAAUUAGUCAAGAUUCGCAAAAUCCGCGAACUUACCCUCGACGAAAUCGGGGUGCGUGCCUACAGCACCUCUAUCGCAUCCAUAGCGGCAUACCCUUACGAGUUCCGUAGUCCCAUGGAAAUCCUCUCGUUACCGGGAUGCGACACCAAGAUUGCAAAUCUUUUCGUCGAGUUUCGAAACAACGAUGACGUGAAAGUUGAGGCUGCUGAAGCGUUGGAUACGGAUCCGGUAGUUAGUACCAUCCAUCAGUUUUAUAAUAUUUGGGGCGUGGGAGCCAAAAAGGCGCGCGAGUUUUAUUAUCAGCGCCAAUGGCGAGAUCUGGAUGAUGUGAUUGAGCAUGGAUGGAAUAGCCUGUCUCGCGUACAGCAGAUCGGACUGAAAUACUACGAUGAGUUCCUCGCGGGGAUUCCUCGCUCGGAGGUUUCUGACAUUGCAAGGACCAUCCACAGACACGCGCGUCUAGUUAGGCCCGGCAGUGAUUAUGACGGCCAGGGUAUUGAAUGUAUCCUUGUCGGUGGAUAUCGGCGCGGAAAGGAGAUGCAGGGAGAUAUCGACCUGGUGCUCAGCCACCGCGACGAGCGAAUUACAAAAAACCUUGUCAUCGACAUACUCGGCAGUUUGGAGACUGAAGGCUGGAUCACGCAUACUUUGGCUCUUCACAUGACAAGCUCUAACAGAGAGCAGCAGACGCUUCCUUUCCAUGGUGAUCCCGGAUCUCACCACUUCGACAGUCUCGACAAAGCGCUUGUUGUAUGGCAGGACCCACACUUUCAGGCGGAUGCUGCAGAUGAUUCAGAACAGGAAGAUCACAGCAGUCGUGGCACCUCUUCAGCGUCUGGGCCAAAGUCGAAGAAAAACCCUAAUCCACACCGGCGGGUUGACAUCAUCAUCUCGCCCUGGCGCACAGUCGGGUGUGCGGUGCUGGGUUGGUCGGGCGAUACUACGUUUGAGCGGGACUUGCGACGAUAUGCGAAGAAGAAACAUGGAUGGAAAUUUGAUUCAAGUGGUGUGCGAGAGAGAAUGACUGGGGGGAGUGUGAUUGAUUUGGAGGGGAGUGGAAGCACCUGGGAAGAGAGGGAGCGUCUAGUCAUGGAAGGGCUGGGGGUCGGUUGGAGACCUGCCAGUGAGCGAUGCACGAGGUGA